UUCUUCAGGGAUGGGUUUAUAAAAGCGAUCAGUCCUGCUGACGUUAUCCAAAAACAGUUUUCCGAAGAAAAGUUUGAAGAAAGAAUUGACUGUUCUGGGAAAUGCAUCUUGCCGGAUAUUAACUUCUUUUCAGUAAAACCCCUUGGGGCUGAAUGGGGAGCCCAGGCAAUCAGUCACCUGGAAGACGUGAGCGAUGAAGGCAUUGCUGCCAUGGUAACAGCCAGAUGCUCAGCUCUCCUUCUGCCUACCACUGCCUACAUGCUGAGACUGAUGUCUGUUUUUCCUUUUCUUACACUGAAGCAACCUCCAGCCAGGAAGAUGUUAGAUGAAGGCGUAAUAGUUGCUCUAGGCAGCGAUUUCAAUCCUAAUGCCUAUUGUUUUUCAGUGCCAAUGGUCACGCAUCUGGCCUGUGUAAACAUGAGCAUGUCCAUGCCUGAGUUGUUGGCCGCUGCCACCAUCAGUGCAGCUGAUGCAUUGGGACAGUCUCACACACAUGGAUCUUUGGAAGUUGGUAAACAGGGAGAUCUCAUUGUCAUCAAUUCAUCCAGAUGGGAGCCUUCGAUUUACCAGUUUGGAGGCCAUCACGAAUUAAUCGAAUAUGUUAUAGCUAAAGGAAAAGUCAUCUAUAAAAAAUUAUAG